AUGUCGGUGGCGGCGGGCCAGUACUCUCACAAGUCAUCGCAGCGCAGAUCUCUCUUCCGCAGCAGCUUGCUGUCGUUUUUGUCGCAGCCGUCUGGAGAGCGGCUGCAGCAGGGGGCUUCCCCUGGGGGAGUGGAGCGCAGCAGCUGUUUGCUGCUGCCGACGAAGCGGGUUCUGAUGAACUUAGGAUGGGUUUCGGGGCCUGCCUCUCCGGCAGCAGCAGCAGCAGCAGCAGCGGCGGCUGCGGCGGGUCCGUCUUCGUCGGCGAUGCAGGCGGGGAGCGCGUACGCGGCACCGUACAGCAGCAGCAGCCAGUGCUCGCUGGGCCCGAGCAGCAGCAGCAGCAGCAGCAGCAGCAGCAGCCAGCGCAUCAAGGGCUCUUUGGGGCGGGUGUGGGGCAAGCUGAGUUCCAUGCAGCUGAUGAACAGCUGCCGGAUCGACAGCCUGGUGUCCGGGAGCACGCGGCCGUCGGUGACGGACGAAGCAGCCGCGCAGGAAGCAGCAGCAGCAGCAGCAGCAGCGGAGGAGGAGGAGGGCGGCGCGGACGACGUGCUGCAGCUGGUGAAGCAGCAGCUGCAGCAGCGCGAACUGCGCAUCGAAGACUUCUGCUUCUUCGGCACUGUGGGCACCGGCUCCUUCGGCAGAGUCUGCGUGGUGGAUGUCCGCGACGCAGAAAGUUGGUUUCCGCCGAUGGCGCUGAAGAUCCUCAGCAAACAAAAGGUGAUCGCCAUGAAGCAGGUCGAGCACGUGAAGGACGAAAGGCGCAUUCUCGCGCAGCUCAGCCACCCCUUCAUCGUCAACUUGCUCGUGAGACAGACCCCCAGCAGCAGCAGCUGCUGCUGCAGCAGCUGCUGCUGCUGCUGUUGA